AUGAUAUGUGGUCCUUUUGUUGGAAUGAAUCUCCACACUCAAAAUAUCAUGUUUGGAGUUGGGUUUCUUUUGAAUGAGAAGGCAGGUUUUUUUGAGUUGCUUUUUAAUUCUUUUUUGAUAUCUAUGGGUGGGAAGCAACCGGUUACCAUCAUGACGGAUCAGUGUUCUGCCAUGGACAAGGCUAUAAGGGAAGUUUUUCCUAAAUCAAGGCAUCGGUUAUGUACGUGGCAUAUAGGAGAAAAUGCUAUUGUAAACAUCAAAGGUGUUAUGGCUAAAGAUGGUUUCAAACCUAGAUUUGAUUAUGUUUUGAAAUAUACUGACACAAUUGCCGAGUUUCAGCAUUAUUGGAAUAGUCUUAUGACUGAUUACAAUUGCAAGACACACAAAUGGAUAGAGAGGUUAUAUGAUUUGAAAGAGAAAUGGUGUCCUGCAUAUAACAAAGAGUGGUUUUCUUGGGGUAUUUUAUCUUCUCAAAGGAGUGAGACCACAAACCAUUCUAUUUCUAGGAGGUUGCAUAAAACGAACGGUUUAUGUGAUUUUUAUAAGUGUUUUUUGGAUGUAAUUGAUGAAUGGAGAAGUAAGGAGAACAAGGGAGAUUAUAAUUCUUCUACUGGAAAUAGAUAUUACUCAUGUGCGGAUAACAUGUUAUGUUUUCAUGCGCGGAAUGUGUAUACAAUUGCAAUAUAUUUGAUAUUUGAGCAACGAUUCAUCAAAGUAAUUGGUUUGAGAUGUCAACGCAUUUCCUAUGAGUUUCCAGUUUCUGAGUAUAUUGUUGGGCAUCCUACAAAGGACUUCAUUAGACAUGUUGUGAAGUUUAAUGAGCAAGAGAUGGUUGUUGAUUUUACUUGCAAGUCAUAUGGAGAAAUAGGCAUUCUUUGUUCUCAUAUUCUUCGAGUUUUUAUUGUUCAUAAUGUUGAAGAGAUUCCCAAACAAUACAUUAUGAAGAGAUGGACAAAAGAGGCUAUGAACACGAUUGUUGAAGAAGGAGAAGAUAGAGAUAAUGAAGUAAGUGUUGUUUCUGCUUCAGUUUGGAGGAUGCAAAUAAAGGAGUAUAUUGGUGGUGUUGAAGGGGAUGGUAAUGUAUCAAACAAGUAUGUGCGUGAUGAAACUCUACUUGAUGUCAUUGAGCCUUCAAUAGACACAGUUUUGCCAGAUGUUGUGGAACCGAUUGUUGAAAAAGUCAUUCCAACAAUGAUUCAAAAUCCACCAAAGCGAAAGAGGAAGAUUAAGAACGGGACUGAAAAGGCUAAUGAGAGGAAUAUGAGACCUAAAGGAAUUGUUGAGAAGAAACGCAAUAAACUGAAAGGUUGGAACAAGAGAAGAGAAAGACAUGUUGAUAAUUUGAGGGAGGAAACUCAGUCUACUGAUAAGUGCAUGUAUCAUAAAUUUACCUGUUGGUGGGGUUUUGGUUCAUCCAACAUCUUCAAAUUCACAAUUGGAAGCAUAUGUUCCAGAUGA